AGGACUUGCAGCUUUGUUAUUUGAGGGGAGGAUUAAAAUAGGAUCUGAGCCCUGAGCUCUGUGAUGAUGUGCGACGAGCUCGAGUCCAUGAGUUGCGCUAUGGAUGCGCGCUCGUCCAUGAGCCACUCGGGCGAUCAAGAUGCGAGCGUCGCAAAUAUUUUCAUCAUGUUCUUCGCUGCAGCUAUCGGCGGAUACGUCCUAUCUUCUUUCGUCCUCCUCCGAAGCCCCGGAAUUCUCCAUAGGAAGAAAGAACAUCGCUUCGCUGCACGGCAUAUCAGCCAUCGUGGUGGAGCUGGUGAAUGCACAGAAAACACCAUCGAUGCAUACAGAAGAGCGGUGAGUGCUGGAACAGAGCUCCUUGAACUGGACGUGCAUCUCACGAAAGACAACCAAGUGGUCGUUAUUCACGAUGACAAUCUUCUGCGCCUGACUGGGAUGAACUGUUUAAUAAGUGAACUGCGGUACGAGGAAUUACCGGUGUUGAAGCGAGAACUUGACGUGUCUUUCGCAAGAGGUGUUGUGAUGGAGGAUUCCGAGAAUCGGACAAUCCCACGCCUGAAAGACGUGUUCGAGGAGUUUCCAGACGUACCGAUCAACGUUGAUAUCAAAGUUGACAAUGAUGUGCUUAUUGCGACGACGGCUGACUUGAUCGCACAGUUCAAGCGAGAAAAGCUCACCGUAUGGGGAAACACGUCGUCUAAAGUUACCGAGAAGUGUUACAGUGUCAAUCCAUCAAUCGGGCUGUUGUUCUCCAUGCGACGGGUGGUGCAGAUUGUAAUUCUGUUUUAUUGCGGUCUGCUGCCAUACUUCCCAAUAAGGGAGACCCACUUGGAAAUUCCGAUGCCCCAUUGCUUCUUUCACUUCAUGCCUAACCCGUCCAAGAAGCAAAGAUUUAUUGUGGCCCUCAUGGAUAAGUUAUUAAUGAGGAGAAGCCUGUUCGAACAUCUCCAGAAACGUGGAAUACCGGUGUACCUGUGGGUGCUGAAUGACCCAAUUGAGUGGGACAGAGCAUUUAACGAACUGCGUGUGGAUGGAGUCAUGACUGACUUUCCAUCAAAGCUUGCCACUUACUUGAAGCAACACAACGUCUAACUGACUUUAACUCGGUCUUCGUCUAGCAUUCUUUCUCCAGUUAGUUGAUUCAUUCCUCAAUUUCUCGUACAAUGGCAUAUCUGAUCUGCCCAGUGUUUGUCGCUUGUCAAGUUUGUUCAAUGUUUUUUAUGGCUGUAUUGCGAAGGAACUUGAGUGAGUGCUAAUUUUUUGCCCGUUCGUCGACCAAAGGUUGGGCUGCACUUGUAGCUGUGUUAUAUUUGAUGGGAAUGUGGAACACAAAUUUUUUCUGAAGGGAAAA